UGUUUGUCAAGUCGUAAAGCCUUAACUCUUCCAACAUCCUCAUCAUGCUGAAGCUGGUAUUCCUCCUGUUCGCCGCCCUCUUGGCCGUUGUCCUGGCCGGUCCGGCUCCUGCUCCCCUGCCCAAUCCGGCUCCUGUGCCGCAGUUUGUCUACUCCGCCGGCUAUCCGGCCGUAGGAUAUGCCUCUCCGUAUGUCUACUACGGUUGAUACAAAGUUUGGAUUUUGAUUUCACUUAAUAAAACCCUUUUGAUUUUGCACCUGAA